GCACCCGAAACAGGGAAACCAACCACUACUAGGGUUUUACUCUUUUUACCCUGCCUAUGUUUCUAACCUCAAAGUCGCAGAUGUGGGCCCACGGGACUCCUCUCGUUGAGUAUUUAAUUGACAGCAGUCAAAGUCGCGGGGCGUUACACACAUUGUCUAGUCGAUCAACGUUACAAAAAUCACGACUGGCCGAUUUUUCUCUUCACAUCUCUCGUUCGUUGCUUAAAUGAAACACGACGCCAGAAGUUUGAUUAAGAACCAGUUAUUAUUUCCACAUCGCGGGUAUAUAUGAAGAGACAGCCUUGUUGUCUUGGGGGUGCAUCGAGAAAAAGAGUGACAAAAUGCGAGGCAUAGUUGGAAGUAAGCUCAACCUGUGUUUCUCAAAGAUGAUGCGACCAUUUUCACCUGAAUCUCCUCCGAAUUCCACCAGCCUUAACUCAGGGUCAUCCCCAGAUGACCACCCCUCCUCGUCGUCCUCGUCCUCGAUUUUGGUAAAGAACUUCAAUUCGCUCUACGAUCACACCUUUGACCCUUACGAGCCCGAAGCCGAACCCGCUGACUUGGCCACCGCUUUUGCCUCCGAACGAUUCUUCUUCUCGUCUCCUGGUCGCUCCAACUCUAUCAUCCAAUUGCCGUCAUCGCCAUCAGCCCCUGAAAGCCCCCAUACCAACAAGCUCUUCACAAACAGCGUGGCCGUGCCGACGUACUCGCCUGACCCUUAUAUGGACUUCCGACGAUCUAUGCAGGAGAUGGUGGAGGCGCGUCCCGAGCUGAUGGAUGUCAAGUCCAAAUGGGAAAUGUUACAGGAGCUUCUCCUUUGCUAUCUCGCUCUGAAUCCACGGACCACCCACAAGUUCAUCGUGGGCGCUUUUGCAGAUCUUCUUGUCACCCUCACGUUUCCGCCGCAGGAGGCGGCCGCCGGCGAAUCGUUGCAUCGAGACAAUGGAUAGCUAGCAAAAAGCCAGAUACAGAACAAUAAUAUAAUCACUGGCAGACGUAGACAGAAUCGGGGAAUCUCAAAUUUGUCUCCUUUUAUUCUAUUUAAUAUAAUCGGAUGAGUGGGUCUAAGCCAUGCACAAGAUUCAGUCAAGUGUGUCCUUUUUUCUCUUCCGUCCUAAAAGAUUCAGUCACUGAAAAUUGCCUUUGUUACUUGAAUUUCCU